AUGUCUUUCAAUGUCGAUAUAGAUGAAGCAGAUGUUGCGGUUUUGAAUCAGAAUUUGAUUAAGUCGAAGGAAUUGUUCACGUCAAUUUCUCGAUCGUUAAAUAAGAUCUCGACCAAAUCAUCAACUGCUUCCAUUAAGAUUAAGCCUAUAUUGAAAGAUGUCAACAAAUUGAACGAUAACAGGAACCAACUUGAUUCGGGGUUGAACUUAUUGUCUGAGGUAUCGAAUUAUGCAUCAGAAACGUCGAAAUAUGAAUCGGUUUUGAAUAAUUCAAUCGAGCUAAUUGGAUUGAAGAAGUUUAUUGACACAUUGACCAGGUCGAAAGUAUUACUAACAGAGAUGAAGAGCAGUAUCAAGAGAUUUAAGGGGAUUUUAAUUAAUUUUGAAAAUUUGAUUGAUAAGUCCGAAUUGAAUUUGGAAAACUAUUUCCAAAAGCUGCUCAAGAGUAACGCAAUGGGAACGAAUAAGAUGAACGAAAUCAUACUUAUUUUCCAAUAUUUCUACAGUUCAUCAAUGAGUGGUCAGAAAACUAUUGAUAAGAUAUUUAUGAGAAGUCAAUCAAUUAAGUUGGCGGAAAUAAUGAGGCCUCAUGAAGAGCCUACCAAACCAAUCAAGAGAAAUUCAAACAUUCCGUACGAAAAAGGAUCCAAUGGAAUAAAUAGAUAUAAUAAUGAGAUGAUUAAGGCGAUUAAAGGAGAAAUAGGGUUACUUAAUGAGGUUGGAGCCAAGAUAAAUUUGAACGCUAGCGCAAAGGAUAUGUUUGUGCUUGAUAUUGUCCGCAAGGUGAUCAAUGAAAGUUAUGCUGAAGUAAUUGGCAACUUUAAUAAAUUUUUUGCGCAGUCAAAGACUUUGAAUAACGAUUUACUUAUUUUGGAAACAAUUGAAAACUUGAAUCAUUUUGAGAAGUUUUUGAAUGUGAGUAAUAUCGACGUGCGUAGUUUCCCAGCAUUCAAUGAGAACUAUCAUCAAUUGAUUAACAUAUCUACCGAAAUAUUCCGUGAGCUAAUUGAAUACAGUGAGAAUAGAGUGAAAUCAGUGGAAAGAUUGACGGACUUGAAUGCCACGGAAACAGUGGUGGAAUUGAUUUCCAGGAUACGUAAGCUCUCCGAAUACAAUAUUUCACUUUUGAAGUUAAUCAGUGGGAUGAAGCUAGGAUCAUGGUUGAACCUCAAGCCCGCCGUAAGAUUUAUCAGUGUUUACACAUCAGUUAUACCCAAUAUCAGUGAUGACAUUGAUGAAACAGCACCGGAACACUUAUUAUCAUGUUUUCUAAGUGAUUACAUCGACUCAAUUAUUAUCAACAUCGAAAUUGGGUUGAAGGCAGAUGUGAGUUUGAAAAAAUCGAUGCAAGGGUACUACUUAAUCAAGAACACCAUAUUAAUUGAGACGAUUGUCAACAGGUCACAACAGUUAUUUAACAGCUUGGGCAACCUCGGAAUCGAACGGUUGAACCGGUUGAAAAAACGAUUCUUGAAGCUCUUCCUUGACGAUUGGAACUAUGCGUCGUACAUUAUCAUCCGUGACAUGACAACAAUUACCACCACUAAUGCGGUUUCAGGCCACUCGGGGUCUGGAAUGUCAAGCAAAGAAAAGGAGCAAAUCAAGGAGUUAUUUAAGAACUUCAACGAGUCGUUUGAAGAUGCAUUGCGGAAUUAUGAGAAAUAUAACAUUACCGACGUCAAUUUGCGGGCAUACCUCUCAGGCGAAAUCAAGAAGUUAAUUAUGAACGCAUACUUUAAACUUUACGAUAAAUAUGGAAGCGGCGAAUUCACCAAAAAUAAGGCCAAAUACAUUAAAUACAACAAACAUCAAUUCGAGCAAAUUCUCAACGAGAAGUUGUGA